AAGUGCUAAAGCAAGGAAAGGAGACGGAAGACAAGCUACUGAAAAUCAGAAGCUGCAUCCAAUUCUCCCUUCAAGACUUCUCACUCCUCCUGGUGAGCAGAAAUGGGAGACUGGAGUUUCCUGGGAGAGUUCCUCGAGGAGGUCCAUAAACACUCCACAGUGGUGGGGAAAGUCUGGUUGACCGUGCUCUUCAUCUUCCGAAUGCUGGUGCUGGGUACAGCAGCUGAGUCCUCCUGGGGCGACGAGCAGUCUGACUUCAUGUGCGACACCCAACAGCCUGGCUGCGAGAACGUCUGUUACGACAAGGCUUUCCCCAUCUCCCAUGUCCGGUUUUGGGUCCUCCAGAUCAUCUUUGUCUCCACCCCAUCUCUGGUGUAUAUGGGCCAUGCAAUGCACACGGUGCGCAUGGAGGAGAAGAGGAAGAUGAAGGAGGCAGAAAUAGAGGCCCAGGAGAUGAAAAACGGUGGUGACACCUACUACCAGCAGAAGUGCCCUGUGGCAGAGAAGGCUGAGCUGUCUUGCUGGGAUGAAUCGGGAGGCAAAAUCAUACUCAGGGGCAGUCUGCUGAACACCUACGUCUACAGCAUUUUGAUUCGUACUGCCAUGGAAGUGGCCUUCAUUGUGGGACAGUACAUCUUGUACGGGAUCUUCCUGGAGACUCUGUAUAUCUGCCAGCGGGCACCUUGCCCCCACCCCGUCAACUGCUAUGUUUCCCGUCCCACAGAGAAGAAUGUGUUCAUCGUCUUCAUGCUGGCCGUGGCAGUGCUCUCCCUGUUCCUGAGUCUGGCUGAAUUGUACCACUUGGGCUGGAAGAAAGCCAAAGAGAGGUGCUCCCGGUCUUAUAAACCCAGCCCCAGCACAGCCCCCGGCAGACUGGAGUCUGCCCCACAAGUAGAAAGAGCCCAGAUGUACACUCCUCCACCAGAUUUUAACCAGUGCUUGUCAAGUCCCAACGGGAAGUUCAUCAGCCCCUUCAGCAACAAGAUGGCCUCCCAGCAGAACACCGCCAACUUUGCCACUGAGAGGGUCCAUGGCCAGGAGGAUGCUGCUGGUGAAGGGCCCUUCAUUAAGUCCAGCUAUGUGGAGAGUCCAGAGGUGGCCAACGAAUGUGCAGCACCCACCUUCCCUGAGAACUACUUCAAUGAAAAACCCCGGUCCAGCAAGCCCAGCCGUGCCAGCAGCAAGGCAAGGUCGGAUGAUUUGUCUGUGUGA